AUGUUCGCGUUGAGCAUCCGCUCCAUCACCAACUCCAGAGUCGUUGGCCCCCUAGCCAUCUUCGCCCUGUCCACACAAACCCGCACCCUUUACUUCUGCGGUCCCAAGCAAGGCGAUCACGAUGCCGACCUACCCAUCUCCGAACACUACCACGCCCGUCUACGAGCAUCAUCGGAUCUAAAACCGAGAUCCACCGCGGACUCGGCACCAAGCACUACGCCUACCCACACAAUCCCCACCCUUCGUAUCUCCGUCACGCACGCACCACCAAAUAUGUCAGCCCGGCAUACAAUGCCGUCUGCCAACAAGCACGAGAUCGAGAAUUUCAGGAAGGCGUUUGGGCAGAUGGAGGCGGCUACUCACGAUGUGGAUACAUACUACAACAACACGCUUGCCAUUAUCCAGGAGAUUGCAAGGCUCACGUUUGAGCUGAGGAGGGGCCAGGUAGAGGGGAAGUCUUUUGAGGAGCUGGAGAAGAUUAGGAGGGAGAUUGAGGAUUUGAGGUGUGUGUUUGAGAGGAUUGGGAGGAGGUGGGGUAUCUAG